CCAAACAACAAAUUGUCCGCGCCCUCCCUCCACCACCUUGCGUUCCCUCCGCUCCUCCCCCAGAUUUUCCCGCUUCCCCAGCAUCCUUCGCGAGACACCACACGACGUUUUCCAGCCUGAUUUCGCAAGCUCAUCGCGCGCCUCACUCAUGCUUGCGAAGCGCCCAUGUCGUCUGGGUUGAAGCCAUUGCUGCUUCCGCGGCUCGUGGAAGAGAAGAGAAAGCUGGAAGAGCAGGACGACGGUGAACGUGAACCCGCGUCUUUGUACUACUACACCCACGACUCGCCCUCGUCCGACCUUACGCCGCCAUCGCCCGCCACCUCGACAUUCUCCCGCGGCCAUCAUUACAGGUUAUCGGGCUCCAACUCGUCACUCGAACUGAUCUCACCGCCAUGCACCGACACUCCGGCGUCGCCUACACAAUCGCUGCACGCCACCAGGCCCAGCAGGUCACAACUUCCCGACGUCGAGGAAGAGCCACUGGAGAGAGAAGAGGACGAGCCGGCAACGCCGCCCAAGCACUCGGAUCGUGAUUUCGGGUUCCUCAACUAUUGCUUGUGUGAUUCCCCUUGCUCCCACAAUGGCGAGGCCACGCAAAGCACGCCUUACCCUUACAUGGUCGCCGACUUGGACUACGACCUCGGCUUCCUCAGUGACGGCGAUUUCAACGCCAGCCCCAGGCAGAAGAAGCGACGUCACGGUUCCGAGUCUGGCUUCUCGAGUUGGAGUGCCAGACUGGGCUCGCGACUGCCCAGCUUGCCCCGCUGGCGGUCCUCGUCAAUAUCCAGGCGCCACGACCUGACCUUCGCGCCCGGCUCCGACCCUUCCCUAGCGGACUCGCGCCCGAGCUUCUCCCUGGCGGCAUCGAGCCGAUCCUCGUCGAUUUCACGCCGAGCGCGGGCUACAGACCGCGCCCAAGAGUCGGUCCCCGGCACGCCUGCCCUCUCGUUCUACGAAAGCGCCGAGAGCGUCGAUUUAGCCUCGCCACGCGAAAACCUGCCAGCCACCUUGGGCAGAGAGGUAGAGCGCGACCGGGUCAACGCCACCACUCCGCUCUUGCCGCCUCUUGUCAUCGAAAAGGCUCCCAGUCACCACACCCGGCCCCCGUCUUUGCAGACAUCACCACUCCAGUCCCCUUCGAUGAUGUCCGCGCCAGUCCCCGACUUGUCCUCAGCAGCCAAAUCCUUCACAACGCCACCGUUGAGCAGCAAGACGUCCGUUUCCUCCCUGCACCGCGGCACCAUCUCGGGUGCUUUUAGCGACUCGCCGUCACCGAUCCCCUGCUUAUUCGAUCAUCGGGACUCGUGGUCUGAUCGUCUCGGCCAUGCAAACUUCAUUAUCGAGCCGAGGCCGUACGUGCCCGACACGGCCGAUCUCGCUACCCACCAGGCCUUCCGCGCCGAUUGGGACCUGGCCCGGAAGAACUACGCCAAGCACCUUGCGCGGAUUGGCGAGCACUAUGGCUCCACGUCCAAGACCUACGCCUUGACGGCGGCCAAGUGGGCAGAGAUUGAGCAGGAGUGGCAGCGGGACGAGGAUGAUCUCUUGGAACGUCUAGGCCGACAGUGCAAGGACAACCCCUCGGUGGUCUCACAACUACGCCGCACAGCCGAGGAAAGGGUCCCCACCUCUAUCCCGCUCAUGCUUAGCGACGACGGCAAAUUUCCCGAGCUGGGCGAUGUUGAGAUCAUUGGGCCCAUGAUGCGCGAGACCACCAUGGCUCGCGACGGAGCAUCGGAUGAGAAGCGAAGCGGGGCUUCGGGCUGGCUCAAGAACCUUGCCGAAAAGGUUCGGCUGCGAAAUGAUCGACCCAAAAGCAAAACCCAAUGAAUUCCGUCCGCGAUAACGAAACGAUCCUUAUGGCCUCCUGGAUAGAGACGACUGGAUGUCGGCAACGAUCUAAUGAAGAUAACGGAACAUUCUAAUUAGAGGAGAAACGCUCCGUUGUUGUCCACUUUUUUGUUUUUGGCCAGUCUUCUCAUUCUCCGUUCU